AUGUAUAGCCGGACCGAGCUGCUGGGACUGCGGGACAGUGGAGUGCUACUGCCGCCUGAUCUGCUACACGAGGUGCCUGGGGAGCUACGACAACAUAAUGGACCGGGCCUCCGUAGAGGCAGGAAGGCCAGGAAACGGGGUAGGAGAGGCGGCCUUAGACAGCGCAUCCGAAGAGCUGCCAAGCUGCCGCUACCACCAAUGCUUCUCUGCAAUCCACGAUCCUUAAAAAACAAACUGGAUGAUCUGCGUCAACAGGUUGGAGCCUGCUACGAAUAUCAGGAGCAGGCAAGACACCGUUUCCAGCUUGAGUUGGAGUUUGUUCAGUGCCUAGCGAACCCAAACUACCUGAACUUUUUGGCUCAAAGAGGCUACCUGAGAGAGAAGCCUUUUGUCAAUUACUUGAAGUAUCUACUUUACUGGAAAGAACCAGAAUAUGCUAAAUUCCUGAAAUAUCCUCAUUGUCUGCUCAUGUUAGAGCUAUUGCAGUAUGAGCAUUUCCGAAAGGAGCUGGUGAAUGCGCAGUGUGCCAAGUUCAUAGACGAACAGCAGAUCCUGCACUGGCAGCAUUACUCACAAAAGCGUACGCGCUUGCAGCAAGCGCUGUGUAGCAGCAGCAACAGGCUCCACCCCAUGACAUCCAAAUGA